AUGGCUCCAUCACUUACAGAGCCCGAGCCUGCGUCCUCAAACGGCCAUAGAGCCGGUGUGAAUGGAAACGGUAUCCAUCAUAAUGGCACAUCAUCUAGCAAAACUACGAACGGAGAGCCCUCGGUGACUACCGUCAAGAAUGCGCCCUCUACCACGAUUCCCAAGUUCGACCUGCCCAAGGAGCUGCCGCCCACAUCAGCGCCCACUGGCAUACCGACACUAUCACUCUUUGACCUGACGGGCAAGACGGCACUCGUUACGGGAGCGAAUGGAGGCAUCGGCGGUGGAAUGGCGCGCGGUCUUGCUGAGGCAGGUGCGGACAUCAUCAUCUUUCAGAUACCGGGCGACGUUUCCAAGUUCAGCGGUCAGCUGGCCGCCGAGACGGGCCGCAAGGUUGCCACGUACGACUGCGAUCUCAGUAUCAGUGCGGAGAUUCGAAAGGCGGUUCAAAAGGUUCUGGACGAUGGACACCAGAUUGACAUUCUGUGCAACGUCGCCGGUAUCAGCAGCGGCUCUAUUCCCAUCUUGUUCGAGACUGAUGAGCACAAGGAUGCGAUCAUCCAAAUCAACUUCAACUCAGUCUGGGUUCUGUCACAAUGCGUGGGACGACACAUGAUCGAGCGUGGUCAGGGUGGAAAGAUCAUCAACAUCUGUUCUCUUGCCGCACACAAGGCCAUGACGACCUUCUCCGUCUAUGGACCUAUGAAGGCUGCGGUUGGACAAGCGACCAAUUCAUUUGCCAAUGAGUUCGGACCAUAUAACAUCCAAGUCAACGCCAUCUAUCCUGGUUGGAUUCACACCGCCCUUGCACAGCGAUUCGUAGACGAUGAGGAAGCAAAUGAAAAGAUCAUCAAGAGCAUUCCGUCAAGGAGAUGGGGCUUGCCGGAUGAUUUCAAAGGCAUCAGUGUCUUCCUCGCGAGCAGUGCUAGCGACUACGUGAAUGGUGCUCGGAUAUUCUUGGAUGGUGGUGCGCAUAGCAUGUAA